CACCAUGAUGCUGAAUGCAACAAAGCUGUCCGAGAUAAAAUGUCAAUCGCAAGGAAAGAUGCAGUGCAAUCUGAAUCCAGACAUGGGAAAUGUAUAGAAGGCAAUGGUGGAAUUACCAAGAAAACUGAACUGGAACUGCAUUUGGGAGGUUAUGGAGGAGAAAGACUGUGCAGAUGUCUUGAGAGCAAAAGUUUAGCACUUCACUGUAGCAUCCAGUCUGAUACUUUAAUUCACAAUGAAAAAAGACAUAACCAUAACUUGGGGAUGCAAGAACAAAUAUGCAACAGAGAGGAACUAUAUAAACGUGCCACAUGUGACAAAGAUUUUACAGUUACGGAAAGUUUAGAAUUACCUAAAUGUCUUUAUAGAAGACAAAAACAGUUUACAUUUAGUACUUCUGACAAGGGCUUUACAUAUAAUAAAAAAAAUCACAUGAUCCACAUUGAUCAAGUACUACAUAAAUAUACCAAACCGGACAAGGAUUUUACACAUAAAAGUUUAGCAGUACACAGGAGCAUCGUCACUGGGAAAAGCCUCAAACCCUAUAAAUGCAGUAUAUGUGGGAAGAGUUUUAAACAGAAGUACAGUAUGAUAUGUCAUGAGAAUAUCCACACUGGACAGAAACCCUUUAACUGUGCUAUAUGUAACAAGGGUUUUGCCAGUAAACAUAACCUAACCGAGCAUCAGAGUGUCCACAGUGGGCAGAAACCCUAUAAGUGCAGCAUGUGUGAUAAGAGAUUUAGACUGAAGCUUUAUAUGGUAAUUCAUCAGAGGAUUCACUCUGGACAGGAGCCCUAUAAAUGCACCACAUGUGACAGAGGUUUUACACGUAAAAGCAACCUAGUACUGCAUCAGAGUAUUCAUACUGGACGGAAGCCCUAUAAAUGUGUCACAUGUGAAAAGAGUUUUGCAAGAAAGUCAAGUCUGAUGGUGCAUGAAAAGACACAUACUGGGCAGAAACCAUAUAAAUGCACCACGUGUGGCAAGGGUUUUACAAGUAAGCAAAGCCUGACACUGCAUCAUCACCGUAUUCACACGGGGCAAAAGCCAUAUAAAUGUGUCACAUGUGACAAGGGUUUUGCAAGGAAGACAGGUCUGAGAAUGCAUCAAAAGACACACACUGGGCUGAAACCAUAUAAAUGCACCACAUGUGACAAGGGUUUUAGGAGUAAGAGAAGUCUAAGGAUGCACCAGUAUGUUCACAUGGAGGACAAACCCUACAAAUGUGCCACAUGUAACACAGGUUUUACUAGUAAGGGAAACUUGACAAGGCAUCAAAGUAUUCACACUGGGCAGAAACCAUAUACAUGUGUCACUUGCGAAAAGAGUUUUAUAAGUAAGAGAUAUCUUACCGGGCAUCAGCGAAUUCACACUGGACAAAAGCCCUAUAAAUGUGUCACGUGUGACAAGGGUUUUGCAACGAAAACAAGUCUGACAGUGCAUCAGAAGAUUCACACUGGGCUGAAACCAUAUAAAUGUGCCACAUGUGACAAGGCUUUUAGAGAUAACAGAAGUCUAACAGUACAUCAGUAUGUUCACACUGCGAACUGGCAGAAACCCCAUCAAUGUGCCACAUGUAACAAGGGCUUUACAACCAAACAAAGCCUAACGUUGCAUCAGUGGAUUCACACUGGACAAAAACCAUAUAAAUGUGUCACAUGUGACAAAGGUUUUACAAGUAUAACAGGUCUGACAAUGCAUCAUCAGCUCCACACUGGUCAGAAUGGAGAAAUUAGAAAAAGACACAAGCCUUCUAAAUCUGACACGUGAUAAAAGUUUUACAAAAAGGGCAAUCUGACAAUGCAUCAUCAUAUUCACAUGGGGCAAAAGUUUUGGUGAGUACCGUCAUGAGGUGGAUCUCACCAAGGCAACAAUGAUAUGUAGACUGUAUUUUAUAUAGUAUAUAUCAUGGAAAGAAGGUUAAAAAAUAAAACGUAUAGCUGGGUACACAAAUCCCAGGAUAAAAAAGUGCCCAAUCCUGGUAAGUGCACUGGCGCCAGGACUGGAAAAAAAUCCGCAAGGGGCAAAUGCCCCACCCCACUCCCGAACAAGGAAAUAGUAGUCUACAAAAAUCACAAAAACUGAUAGGCCAAAAAAGAGCCAUAAAAAUGAUAGACUGGACUAUUCCAGAUACGAAAGAAAUUAUGUAGUGUUACUGUUAUGCAAGAAGUCCAGAAUUUCUGGA